GCACUGCUGGGAUGCACUGAUGGGCACUGGUAAGUGGCACUGGUGGGCACAGGUGGGUGGCACUGGUGGGCACAGGUGGAACAGGGGCGGACUGACAAUUCAUGGGGCCCCCUGGCAAAAGGGGAUCAUGGGGCCCCUGUGUCCUUGCCCAAACUCAAAAAAGCAAAUGAAAAAGGUACCAGGGGCAUCUCAUGGGGCCCCCUACUGACCCCGGGCCCUCGGGCAGUGCCCGGGUUUCCGAAUGGUCAGUCUGCCCCUG